AUGGAUCCGCCAAAUAUGGGCGACCUCUCUCUCUCCGAUUCGGAUACAGACGCGUUAUUCGACACUCCAGCGGCGCGAAAGAACAAGAAGAAAGCUCAAGAAGGCGGCACGGACGCGGGGGAAGGAGCAGCAGCCGGAAAGACGCGUACAAAGGAGUCGCAUUAUACGACUGAGGAGGCUCGCGAGGCUGCACUGCGGAAAGAGCUGGAAAGCGUGCGCAAUGUCAACAAAGUCAUUGAGGGCGUCGUUGAGAGCCUGCAAAAGGCGAGAAACAACAUGGACACUGUUUCCCGCACUGUCCACAACGCAUCAACCCUUCUACAAACGUGGACGCGCAUCCUUUCACAGACUGAGCAUAACCAGCGCCUCAUUCUAAACCCCCAAUGGCAGGGAGCAUCCCAAGACCUGAUCGAUAUUCAGGAGGACGAGAUACAGCGGCAGCAGGCUGCAGAACGCCGAGUAGCCGAAGAGCAGGCAAGAAGGGAGGCUGCCGCCCGAAAAGCAGAAGAGGAUCGCAGAAAGGCAGAGGCAACUGCAAAAUCUGGAUCACGAGGCAGGGGCAGGGGCAGGGGCGGAGCGCGACCGCGAGGGACAUCAACUUCAAGUUCGGGCUAUGUGGGUGUGGGCGGGCAGACCGGGCGAGGGCUCAAUCGCAGCGGAUCAACAAGCAGCCGAGCCGGCAGCGGCAUUGGGCGCGGGUUGCGUGGGAGAGGCAGAGGACUGGGCUGA